UAAGAAGGUCUCGGAGGCUUUUUUUUCUUCUUCUUCUUUGGGCCGUAGUCGGAUCUACGCAGAGAGGCAAGCAAGAGCAGACUGCAUCACCAUAUUCACGGAGGUAGAAUCAACUCCAUAACUCUCUAAGCUGCUUAUACUACCUUUACUAUCAGUUGUUGGAGAAUGAAGAAAGGAAUACACCCACAGAUGCAGUGGAUCUCUUAUGUUACACAGAGCGGUAGAUUGAUGCACGUCAUGAUGACUAGAAUCCACCAUGUUGGCAAAGUCUAUCACUUUGGUGCUAAGCGUCAACUGGCUCAAAGCAUCGGUCAGAUUGCCAAGUUCAAGCGCAGGUUUAACGAGCAAGAGGAAGAAGCUACCACCCAUGAGAACAACAUCCAGAACCAGAACAAGUAAAACUUUGUAAUCCAACUCUUGUCGUUCUCUCCCUUUCCUCAAAAACCCAAAUCUUAGUAAGGGCUUUAAACAUUUUAUCCACACAAGGCAACUAUGAAACCUUGUUACUCAUGAUUGAUUUUCACAGUUCUUGAGUCUCUCUGUUUCAUCAAUAAAAAUCUUUAUCUUCUUCCAUU